GGUGGAACCCAUGGUUUCGGCAUGCUGUUGCUUCAACCGGGAUACUGCUCUAGGGAGGCCCAUUCGUGGUGCCGUCCAACAUGGAGGACAAUAUAACCAUGCCCAUGCGCCUUCAUCUUCACUUUUAGAGUCUUUUUAGAAGACUCGACUUACUUGUCAGUUCCAGCACAGCAGUGUCUGGUACCGUCUGAUUCACGGAACCUCACUGCGGCUUGUUUCGGAACCUCUCCAAACAAGCAAAAUGGGCGACAAGAACUUCCUCGUUGACUUCCUGGCUGGCGGUGUUUCCGCUGCCGUCUCCAAGACGGCUGCCGCUCCUAUUGAGCGUGUGAAGCUGCUGAUCCAGAACCAGGAUGAGAUGAUUAAGCAGGGCCGCCUGGCGACCCCCUACAAGGGCAUCGGCGACUGCUUCGGCCGCACCAUGAAGGAGGAGGGCUUUGUCUCGCUGUGGCGUGGCAACACCGCCAACGUCAUCCGGUACUUCCCUACCCAGGCCCUGAACUUUGCCUUCAAGGACAAGUUCAAGCGCAUGUUCGGCUACAGCAAGGACAAGGAGUACUGGAAGUGGUUCGCCGGCAACAUGGCCUCCGGUGGUGCUGCUGGUGCCGUUUCGCUGGCGUUCGUCUACUCUCUGGACUACGCCCGUACCCGCCUGGCCAACGACGCCAAGUCUGCCAAGAAGGGUGGCGGCGACCGCCAGUUCAACGGCCUGGUCGAUGUGUACCGCAAGACCAUUGCCUCCGACGGUGUUGCCGGUCUGUACCGCGGCUUCAACAUCUCGUGCGUUGGCAUUGUGGUGUACCGCGGUCUGUACUUCGGCAUGUACGACUCCCUCAAGCCCGUGGUGCUGGUCGGCAACCUGGCCAACAACUUCCUGGCCUCCUUCCUGCUGGGCUGGGGCAUCACGAUUGGCGCUGGCCUGGCGUCUUACCCCAUCGACACCAUUCGUCGUCGUAUGAUGAUGACCUCGGGCGCGGCCGUCAAGUACAACAGCUCCUUCCACUGCUUCCAGGAGAUCGUGAAGAACGAGGGCACCAAGUCGCUGUUCAAGGGCGCUGGCGCUAACAUCCUGCGUGCCGUGGCCGGCGCUGGUGUGCUGGCUGGCUACGACCAGCUGCAGGUCAUUCUCCUGGGCAAGAAGUACGGCAGCGGCGAGGCCUAAGCGCCUUGACUUGUGCAGCGCAGUCUCUUGACGGAUUGCGGUCCUGUUCCCUUUUGGGGACUCUAGCUUCGCAACAUGGCAACAUGGCGCAGUACAGUAUUCUUUUCUAACUGCAGUGCGACUACGAGUGUGACAGGUGGCACUUCAAGGAAGCUGGAUGGCAGUUUCGAUUGUUUGAUGACGUGCCCGCCUAUGGUGGUGUUUCGGUGGUCCCAGGCCCUCGCCUUGACAGAUUGCGGCGACCUCUGAAGCCGCACUUCGCGGCUUGGUUGCAUAGCAUGAUCAAUAAGUAUGUAAUGGGCGGUACAUUUCGACUGGACGUGCGGUUGUCUUGACUUCUUGUCCCCUGACGUAACAUUGUCAUGAAGCAGUAAUUGGUUUUAUGGCGAUGUGUGACUCAUGGAAGUUGCCAGUGUGUAUUGGCACGCAGCAACCGCCAUUUUCGCUGCCUCGCUUGGCACUGGGUGUAUGUUGCGCACCUUCAUAUGCCUGUAAGGAUUCUACAGCUGAUACCGCAGAUGCGUUCUAUCCUUUUCCAUAGUUUCGAUUGUAAAGUAUUUGGAAG